CCCAGGCUGCCGAGAGCGCGAGCCUGCACCCCGCGCCCGGCCCCUGGCGCUCGCGCCGACGGGGCGCGCACGGGCUCCCGCGGAGGGGGCGCCCGGGGCUGGGCCGGCCCCCUGGGCGCGCCCCCGGCCCCGGCGCUCUUGGGAGGCGGAGGAGGAGGAGGAGGUGGUGGAGGAGGAGGAGGCCGUCCCGUGGCCCACACCCCUCCCAGCCGCCGGCGGCUUUGGGGCCCCGGUGGGGCGCAGGGGGCUGAUUAGCCGAGGCGCAGGGGUGUGGCCAGCGGGGCCCCGGGGAGUGAGUCACACGCACCGCUCGCCCAGUCCCGGGGCCCGGCGCGGCACCAGCUUGAGCUGCCGCCCUGCUGGGGGCCCGCACGGGGUCCCGGGGGCUUGGCAUGAGGACCCGGGGGUGCCGAGGGCGGGGCCGAAGCCCAGCGGUGGCGGUGGUGGAGGGCGGACAGAAUGACUGAGCACAUGAAGGAGUGCCUGGCCCAGAGCAGGGCGGCCAUGGGGGACAUGGCGCCAGUGGUGAAGACGGAGGCCUGCUCGCCACUCCGCGACCAGGACUAUGGCCAGCCCUGCUCUAGGAGACCAGACCCCUCCGCCAUGGAAGUUGAGCACAAGAAGCUAAAGGGGAAGCGAGACCUCCUGAUGCCCAAGAGCUUCCAGCAAGUGGACUUCUGGUUCUGCGAGUCCUGCCAGGAGUACUUCGUGGACGAAUGCCCGAACCACGGCCCCCCGGUGUUUGUGUCCGACACGCCGGUGCCCGUGGGCAUCCCGGACCGGGCGGCCCUCACCAUCCCGCAGGGCCUGGAGGUGGUCCAGGAGGCCAGCGGCGAGAGCGACGUGCGCUGCAUCAAUGACGUCAUCCCCAAGGGCCGCAUCUUCGGCCCCUACGAGGGGCAGAUCGCCGCCCAGGACAAGUCAGCGGGCUUCUUCUCCUGGCUGAUCGUGGACAAGAACAGCCGCUACAAGUCCAUUGAUGGCUCGGAUGAGACUAAAGCCAACUGGAUGAGGUACGUGGUCAUCUCUCGGGAGGAGCAGGAGCAGAACCUUCUGGCCUUCCAGCACAAUGAGCACAUCUACUUCCGGGCGUGCCGGGACAUCCGGGCUGGGGAGCGGCUGCGGGUCUGGUACAGCGGCGACUACAUGAAGCGGCUGCACAGCAUGUCCCAGGAGACCAUCCACCGGAACCUGGCCAGAGGAGAGAAGAGGUUGCAGAGGGAGAAGUCUGAGCAGGCUCUGGAUAGCACAGAAGACCUGAGGGGCCCCACUCAGCUCCCCGUGUUGAGACAGGGCAAAAGUCCCUACAAGCGGGGUUUGGACGAGGGGGACGCGCACCCCCAGGCCAAGAAGAAGAAGAUUGACCUCAUUUUCAAGGACGUGCUGGAGGCCUCGCUGGAAUCCGCAAAGGGCGAAGCCCGCCAGCUGGCCCUGAGCACCUCGCUGGUUAUCAGGAAAGUCCCCAAGUACCAGGACGGCGCCUACAGCCCGUGCGCAGCGGCCGUGACGCAUGGCGUGCCCAGCGUCAGCCGGACCCAGGGGGAAGGGGACUGGAAGGCCCCCGCGGGGGGUCCCAAGGAGCCAGGCCCCUUGGAAGACGAAGAAGAGGAGCCUACGUCAUUCAAGGCCGACAGUCCCGCCGAGGCCUCCCUCGCGUCUGACCCACACGAGCUCCCCACCACGUCCUUUUGCCCUAACUGUAUCCGCUUGAAGAAGAAGGUCCGGGAACUGCAGGCGGAACUGGACUUGCUUAAGUCCGGAAAGCUCCCCGAGCCCCCUGUCCUGCCGCCCCAGGGCCUGGAGCUCCCGGAGUUCUCAGACCCCGCAGCCUCAGAGGGCGCCAUCUGUGGCCCCGCCGUCCUGGAAGACGACGACCAGGAGGUCGAUUCGGCAGACGAGUCCGUCUCCAACGACAUGGCGGCCGCGGCCGACGAGCCCUCCAAGCUGUCGUCGGCCACGGGGCGCAGGAUCCGGCGCUUCAAGCAGGAGUGGCUGAAGAAGUUCUGGUUCCUGCGGUACUCGCCGACCCUGAACGAGAUGUGGUGCCACGUGUGCCGCCAGUACACCGUGCAGUCCUCGCGCACCUCGGCCUUCAUCAUCGGUUCCAAGCAGUUCAAGAUCCACACCAUCAAACUGCACAGCCAGAGCAACCUGCACAAGAAGUGCCUGCAGCUCUACAAGCUGCGCAUGCACCCCGAGAAGACGGAGGAGAUGUGCCGCAACAUGACCCUGCUCUUCAACACCGCCUACCACCUGGCGCUCGAGGGCCGGCCCUACCUGGACUUCCGGCCGCUGGCCGAGCUACUGCGCAAGUGCGAGCUCAAAGUGGUGGACCAGUACAUGAACGAGGGAGACUGCCAGAUCCUCAUCCACCACAUCGCCCGCGCGCUGCGGGAGGACCUGGUGGAGCGCAUCCGCCAGUCGCCGUGCCUCAGCCUCAUCCUGGACGGGCAGAGUGACGACCUGCUGGCCGACACGGUGGCCGUGUACGUGCAGUACACCAGCAGCGACGGGCCCCCGGCCACGGAGUUCCUGUCCCUGCAGGAGCUGGCCUUCUCCGGCACGGAGAGCUACCUCCAGGCCCUUGACCGGGCCUUGGCCGGCCUGGGCAUCCGGCUGCACGACGAGAAGCCGACCGUGGGCCUGGGCGUGGACGGGGCCAACAUCACGGCCAGCCUGCGCGCCAGCAUGUUCAUGACCAUCCGCAAGACGCUGCCCUGGCUGCUCUGCCUGCCCUUCAUGGUGCACCGGCCGCACCUGGAGAUCCUGGACGCCAUCAGCGGGAAGGAGCUGCCCUGCCUCGAGGAGCUGGAGAGCAACCUGAAGCAGCUGCUGAGUUUCUAUCGCUACUCGCCCCGCCUCCUGGGCGAGCUGCGCGCCACGGCCGCCACGCUGUGCGAGGAGACCGAGUUCCUGGGCGACAUCCGGGCCGUGCGGUGGAUCAUCGGCGAGCAGAACGUCCUCAACGCGCUCAUCAAGGACUACCUGGAGGUGGUGGCGCACCUGAAAGACAUCAGCAGCCAGACGCAGCGGGCGGACGCCUCUGCCAUCGCCCUGGCCCUGCUGCAGUUCCUCAUGGACUACCAGUCCAUCAAGCUCAUCUACUUCCUGCUGGACGUGAUCGCCGUGCUCUCGCGCCUGGCCUACGUCUUCCAGGGCGAGUACCUGCUGGUGUCGCAGGUGGACGACAGGAUGGAGGAGGCCAUCCAGGAGAUCAGCCGGCUGGCCGACUCCCCCGGCGAGUACCUGCAGGAAUUCGAGGAGAACUUCCGCGAGAGUUUCAACGGCAUCGCCGUCAAGAACCUCAGGGUGGCCGAGGCCAAGUUCCAGUCCAUCAGGGAGAAGAUCUGCCAGAAGACCCAGGUCAUCCUGGCCCAGAGGUUCGACUCCCGCAGCCGUGUCUUCGUCAAGGCGUGCCAGGUGUUCGACCUGGCCACCUGGCCGCGCAGCAGCGAGGAGCUGGUGAGCUACGGCAAGGAAGACAUGGUGCAGAUCUUCGAUCACCUGGAGGCCAUUCCAGCCUUCUCGCGAGACCUCUGCAGGGAAGGGCUGGACCCCCGGGGCACCCUGCUCGUGGAGUGGCGGGAGCUCAAGGCCGACUACUACGCCAAGAACGGCUUCAAAGACCUCAUCAACCACAUCUGCAAGUACAAGCAGAGGUUUCCGCUCUUGAACAAGAUCAUCCAGGUCCUGAAGGUCCUGCCCACGUCCACGGCUUGCUGCGAGAAGGGCCGCACCGCCCUCCAGCGCGUGCGCAAGAACCACCGCUCCCGCCUCACCCUGGAGCAGCUCAGCGACCUGCUGACCAUCGCCGUGAACGGGCCGCCCAUCGCCAGCUUCGACGCCAAGCGGGCCCUGGACAGCUGGUUCGAGGAGAAGUCCGGCAACAGCUACGCGCUGUCGGCCGAGGUCCUCAGCCGCAUGUCAGCCCUGGAACAGAAGCCGGUGCUGCAGACCCUGGACCACGCGGCCGACUUCUACCCGGACAUGUAAGGGGGCCGGCGCCGCAGAGCUCAUUAAGCUGGUGAAUAUUUUUUUAAUCUAUACUCCUAAGCUUUGAUAUAUUAUAUAAAUAUAUAUUAUAUUAUAUUAUAUAUAAAUAUCUAUAAACCCACACUGAAAAAUUUUUUUAAGAACCAAGGUGACACGUGCACCGGAAGCUCCCGGGAGCUUUCAGAAAGCAACAGUGGCGGACACACAUGGACUCUAAAUGUCUACAACAUUUGGCAGCUGCAACAUACGUGGUAACUCAUUUUUCCCUUCCAGGAGCAUGCGCUGGGGCCACCCGUGUUCCCGCCCAGCCACACGGGGGCGCUGUGGUUGCCUCUGGGUCGUACCUUCCGCCUUCCAGUCGUGUCCUUGGGGUCAGGAUGGUCUCGCCCGUCUCUUUUUCCGUUCCGUUUGACGAGAGGGAGGGAUGUCUCUGCGUUCCUCACCGAACUUCUGUUGGUUCUUUGAUUGCCACAGGGUGGGGGUGGGACGGAGGGGUCUGGGUGGGAUGCUGAUGUCCCCCCCCCCCCACCUCAACUUCAAUUUUUUUUUUUGCUUUUUUUUUUUUUUUUAAUUCAGUUCCCAGUGAAGCUUCCUACAAUGUCCUUUAAACAAAGUGGGGGGUCACACAGUGGCUCCCACUCUCUUCCUCCCUCUGUCACCUGUCCCCGCCCUGGGUUGUCCCUUCUGCCUUCCAGCCCCCUGCGUAGAGGAGGUGUGACCUGUUACACGGAAGGCGAAACCUCCUUCCAUCCGGGGUGGCAGGGGGAAGGGGGGGCAAGCUCUGUGCAUUCCUGGUUUUUCAUGGUGCAGGUAAAACAAGUGAAUUCCAUUCAGACCCAGGGGUGGGGGGUGAGGGGGUGGUGGAUACCAAGAGCCAAGAAGUCCAGUCCCCAAAAGGGCAUCGAUUCUUGGCUAAACACAAGUCCAAGGACAAGUAUCCAUUCACUUUACAUCAACUGCUUAUUCUCUGUCUCUACAGUCCAUACAAUGUGUUGGGGAAAGGGGGAGGCGGGAUUUUCUUUUUUCCUUCAGUGACCCAGAGAUGCCUGCAAAAAUAGUUCAGUGACAGGAGACGCCCACGCAGGUGGGCAACAGACGGAGCCCCCGUCUGGUGCCAGAGCCUGGUGGGAAGGUGCGGGAAAGCAGGGCGUGUCUAUGCCUGGGAACUGUGUUUGUUCUGGAACAGGGUAGAAAUGUCCUAAGGAAAAGGAAAAAAAAAAAAGUAGGUCAGGACUCUGAGCCUACACACACACGCACACACACACACACGCACACACACACACACCCGUGAUAUAAGCUUUAGAAACAGCCGCUUGCCCACUCCCUGGGGCAAGCAGUGGUUUAAGCUAGAGGAGUCCACUCAGUACUCUCAUCCAUUGAACUACCGGUAUACCUCGCAAGGGAGCUUUGCAAACCUGUGCGUGAGCAGUUGGCAAACAGUUCGCGUCUCUACAUCUGAUUCAUGCGUAUCUGAUAUGCAGAGAUCCUCGGACGCAGAUGCAGGGCGUGUCCGUGCCACGGAGGAAGCUCUCGGUUUCUGUCCCCCGGGGUCCCUGGCAGAGGGUGGCGAGGCCCCGGUGCCCUCCACCUGCUUGGCCCAGACAUCCCAGAACUGUGGUGGCUUCCUUCCUUCUUGAUGUGUCUCGUGUCCGGGGCCCCGUGCCACCAUCGGAAACGUCAUCAACACUGAACCCCCACAGAUCCCGUCCCCCUCACCCCCAUGGUCUUGGUGCUAAGAUAACUUUAGAAUCAUUGCUGCUAGCCAGUAGCUUUUCAUUAUAUAAAUAUAUUAUAUAUAUUAUAUAUUAUUUUUGAAACAUUUUUGUUUAUUUUCAACAGUGAUGUAGCAUGUUUAAAAAAAAAACAUGAAAAAAACAAAAUACUGGGUUCCUUCAACUGUCCCACUGCCAGGCUUCAUAUGCUGCCUUCCUCAACAGAUCAGUGCACCCCUGCCUGGCGACAACCACCCUCUCUGUCCCCACCCCGGUCUCCCACUUGCGUCCGCACCCUCCUCUGAGCCAGGAGAGUUGGCAUGAGCUGGCAAGGAAAGAUCCACAGUCGCCUUUGUGAUGCUGUGAUGUUCCCAGCCUCGUUCCCUGCUCCCACUGUAGCUGGCGUCUCCCUGCACCUGCUCCUCCCACCUGGGCCAGCGCCUCCCUGGGGUCAGGUGAGGAUGCUGUUCCAAAGCACAAGGUCCCAUCUCGCCCCGCUCCUGCCUGGGACUUCCUCUUCCCUCCCUGGCUCAGAGGAGUUUCGUGCAACAUCACCAAGACUGAGAUAGGUCAAGGGCAGCGAUGGCUGGCAAGGUGGGGCAGAGACAGUAGGUUGGGAUCCUUUCUUCUCGCCAACAGUUGCCUUAACACCUUCUCCUCCUCACCCACUACAUGAGGACCCCUAUCCCAAGGGGGUGUCCUCAGGCCACUCCUGUAAAAGCCAGGAGGAGAGAAUCGUGUCCGAGUGAGCAGCUAAUCAGGGCUGUAUUGUUCCCUGUCAAGGUCACAGCCAGAAGGAGCUCAGAUCUUUGGCUAGCAGGGGAGAGUCCUGUGGGCCAACUGCAUUUCCCCCGGAGAGCUGGGGGCUGCGGGCAGCAGCCCGAGUUGGCAGGGGGCACCUGCUGAGCCAUCCCCUCGGAGAAACCUGAGCUCCAGACGGUCUUGCCUCCAGGACUGGGAGCUCAUGGCUUCUGCUGGUUUCACCAGGGCUGUGCUGUCGCUGGCAUCCUGUAGGCUACCUCGCCUUGAGACGGGCGUCACCAGGAAGCCGCAGGGGUAACCCACCACUGCAGGUGGUACAGGCUCCUUUCUCCGCCCGAGGGCUCCCCAGAGGCUCAGGGGCUUCUCACCUAUGGUUUCCUCAUCUUUCUGCCUCCUGGAAGAUGGGUUGGGUUGAUGGGAUCCUUGGGAUCCAGCCCAGGGAACCACUGCUUGGCAAGGGCUGAUCGCCUUUGAUGGGCAUAAAAACCUGUGGACACGCUGUGCUGCGCGUUCCCAGCGUGGCCGCUGCAGAUGGGGUGGAGCCCGUGAACUCAGCUCCCUAAAUCUCGGGAGGGACUCUGGGCUGGGACUUGCCCUCAUCGCUGACUUCCUUUGGCUCUUGGAGCGGCUGGGAAGUGAGAUCGCCUCUAAGGUCCAGGUUGGUGGCCGGCCGUGCCAGGCAGACUGGCUGCAGAGCCUGGGAGCCUGAGGCCCUUAGGGUUCAAACCACACGCCCUUCCUUCAUGGUCGGGGUAAAGCAAUUCGUGGCCACCGAGUGUCCGUGACACAGGAGGACAGCCAGCCUCAUGUGUGCCUCUCGUCACAUCUGGGAUCCCGAGUUCUGCCUGCUUGGUGGGAGAUGAGCACCCAGGCGCACCCUCAUCCCCCACCCUCACUUAGGGAAUGAGAGCAGGCUUGGCCUCCAGAGAGACCACGCUUGGGUGGUCGCAGCUGGCACUUGGCGGCUGCUGACCUCAGCCCUUCUCUGUGUCUCUGAGUUGCUUUGCCCAGUCCCUCCCUCCCCCGGGUCACACAUCAGGUGCUUAGGCCAACCUUUGGUUUGGAGAAAGGACCUUGUGGUUGUUGAAGGUGGCAGGGGGAUGUUACGAUGGAGAAAACGGGAAAGGAACUAGAAGGUUGAACCCGGCAGUGGGGAGGCUGGGAGGGGCUCCAGGCGCCCCCUAGCUGGUGCUGUAGGUAUGGCAUCGUGUUUGCUGCCCCUGGAGUGGGCUGGGACCCAGCAGGUGGCCCAAGUGGUUGAAGGGUCACUUCUGCCUGCUGGUGACCUCCUGCCUUCCUUCUUUCUGUCCGCUUUGGGAAAAGGAAUUCUGUACCUAGAUCUGCUUUUGGUCGAUGGUCUGGGUUGACUUAGUCCCUACGUGCAGCCUGGGCAGAAGGCUCAUGGGACACCUCUGCCCCUUCAAGGGGCAGGCCUAACUGGGCCAGGCUAGGCCAGCUGGCCGGAGUGGGCAGGCUGGACUUCCUUCUACGGGAUAGGAGGAGCAUUCGGGGGCAUCUGGGUUGGGAAUGCCCAUUCCCGAGGCCAGGCUCCGGGGCUGGUGUGCAGGAGACCGGGCAGGUGCCUCACCUACGGGGAGCUGUGCCUCCCCUCGCGCACUGCUGGUCAUCAGGUUGAUGUAGCUGUGAUUCUUUAAGGAGCCUUUGAGGUGAGCUUUGCAGGUUAGCCAGAGGGAGGAAAAGUGCCCUUGUGGGAGGAAAAAUGGUACGGCCCUCCCCCCCUCCCCCGUCCCUUCAAGUGGUAUCGCCCUGGAAAUACCUAUGCAAUCCAGUCUCCCUAGGAGACAGUGCAUGGAGGCAGGGGUAGGUGCAGUGUGUGAUGCAGAUGCUACAGCAUUUAUGUUGUAUAUAUGGACAUAUACAGUACGUCUACACACAGAGUAAGAGCAAAUCACGUCUAUAUAUCUAUAAAUAAUAUCCUAUAUAUUUAUACGUUUCUAUGUUUUAAAUAGAUAUAAAGAGAGUCUAUAGAGCUGGCCAAGGGAACAUCGGUUGCCUGCAGGAAGAAGGGGGCGGGAAAAACGUGGAAGCGGGGCUCCCCACCCUGUGCUGGAGGGGAGAGGAGCUAGACCCCCCCGGCCCUCCGUGCACUUUCUCUCCUUUCCGCAGGCUUGGCCUGAGGCUGGAAGGAGAUACCCCCGCCCCUCCCAAUCCCCGCUCCAGCCGAAAUGCCCCCUCCUCUCCCACGCCCCGCCAAGCGCACGCUUAGGUGGUCGCCAGCUGCUCGGCCUCUAAGCCCUGGCGGAAGGAUCCCUCCAGGAGCCGCCCCAGCACGUAGCAGCUUGGGGGGCGCUAGGAAAGGGGGCCCGACCCCUGAGGCCCCCUAGAGGCCAUGCCCAGAGGUGCAGCCGUCCUGUUGGCUGGGGCACAGGGGGAAAGAGAGGUGGGCAGCGUGAGAGUCUGGCCCUACGGCGCCCGCACCCCCCAACUUCCCCGCGGCUUUCUGGCCAAAGUGUGGGGGCAUCAGCCAACGGGGAAAAGUGGGAGAGACCCCCCACCCCCGCCGCUCCGCACACUCCCAAACUCAGCGGCGGCCCCCGCACCUGGGCCGUACUCAGGACCACGCCGUCCCCUCCUGGCGCGCGGGGUCUCGGCCCCCCGCCCCGCCCUCACAGGCGCGGGGAGCUCCCCGACACUGUUCCGAUUCUGUGACCGAGGCCAAGGCCGCGCUAGGGGGUGGGGUGGAGGGCUGUCCCCAGCCCGAGCCCAGCCCUGACGCGAGUCCAAAGCCCGUUCACUUCCAGUCCACUCUGUCUCAUGUCUUCGCCCUGUUGGCGGGAGAGAGGGCUCCGAGGGGUCCCGUGGUGGGACUGCCCCCCACCCUUGAGCCACCUCGGCCCCCCUGUCCUGCCCUUCCUCACCAUCCUACCAAGUACCUCAGUCUCCAGCAGACCCACCCUGCACCUGCAGGCCGGGGCCGGAUCUGCUGUGCCAGUGCCCACGCCCCUCCGAGCCACAGCCGGCUGCCCACCCGGGUCUCGGGGCCCCCACUGCAGCGGCUCGGACCUCCGGCAAGGGGCUGGGCACCCCCAGGUAGCAAUCCCACAAUGCACUGUACCUCAGAGAGAGUGUGCCAGGGGCGCGCCAAGGGCUCACAGGACAAAGACCAGGCUGCCCUGCGGCACCCCUGGGUGGUCCCUUCAGGCUGCUGGGUCCCUCUCAGCCCCCGCCUCUCUCCUCCUCUCCACCCCCACGCUACUGAACGUUUGCAUUUGGACCACACAGGCAAAAUGAAGUGGGGGUGGGGGGGGAUAGCUAGGAGUCUAUUAUCACAUCCGUAUACGCGUGUUGAUACUUUCUUUCUGAAACAGUAAACUCCCUCGAUGUCAUUAUUUCGCAGACUCCGCUUUAUAGUACCUGUGUGACGAAUCCUAGAACACUGGAUACGAAUAGAGCUAUGUUGGUUUAUCAUAUUCUGUACACAGACUUUCCUUUGUCAUAUUAGCCUUGUAAUGUAAGAAGAUUGUUAAUAAAAGCAUCUAAAUGUA